UUGCUUUUUAUUUUAUAGUCCUAACACUAAUUAAUGGAAUUAGUAUGAAAGGAGAACUUAACUGUAGCUGAACUGUUCAUGUUGUAGCUCAUAGAUGUGUCUGUAACAUGUGAAGAGUGGUACUGUGGGUUAAAGGUGUUUAAUGGGUUUCCUUAUGCACUUAACUUUUUGUAACAAUACCCUUAAAACAUCACAGCAAAAAUUACAAAAAUCAUCAUUAGAAAGUGCAAACAUCAGGUCAUGUUGCAUGUCAUUUGUCAGCUGCAGAUAAAGACUGUAUAAAACAGAACUGGCAAUCAGUGCAUUGAUACAUUUAAGUUUUCAAGGCAGCUAACAGAUCUUCACAUAAGCCAAAUCAUCUGUGCCCAACUGCAAAAUCAGUGGGCCAGUCUUGAAAAUCCUCAUAUGCCAAACACAGAAAAAAUGGCAUCCAUAGGGACAAAAAACUGUCAUACGGAUGCAGUAUGAUGGAGGUACAGUCGUGUGCAGGGGUUUAAGCACUUGCUGCUAAUAGACAUGCAACUUAAUGUGACCUUUGUAGCGGUGUUUGCACUGGUGAUUUAGUUAUUAUGAAGGUUUUCCUGAGGUGUUUACAUGGUUUUGUCAGCCCCUUAUACUUCUAUCUGAUCAUAUUUCUGUGAUAUUUCUGCAGUAUCUCUCUAAAAGUGGCCAGGUUUUUUUUUUUUCAAUGGGUCAAGUGCACACACUGCAUAAUGCAGAACAACUCCACAGAGAGCUGAGAGUUGUGAACCCAAUUUUGCAGACACCCUAAUUUAAAGGACAGGGAGACAACAACAUGAUUCUGUGGGACUUGUUCUGCUUGUUGUGGAGAUUACUUUGGAGGCAGAGGGCAUUGUGUGGAGAUAAUAGUCAGUCCGAAAAAAAUCAAGCUUUGAGCAGAACUGAUCCCACUUUACGCUUUUAGGGUCAGUGGUCGAAAUAGGCGCUCGGCCUCCAGGUCCCCGUGACACGGAUCAGGGGCCCCAACGUAUAUCUGCUGAUUACAUCUCCUGAAGUGGAAAAAAUGCAAAUAAUAAAUGUAUGAGCAACGUGCUUGUUUUUUUGCUUGAUUAAUUAUGCCGUUUAAUUCCAGAUCCACCACGCCGCUCCACCGUAUAAUUUCCCAGUGGUCUUGGCUGUUUCUUCUCUCACAUGCGCUCUCUCCUUUUUUUUCCUCAUUGCAAAAUGAAUCAUGGAUCCAACCGUCUGUACCCGGGGGAGAGCGGCGAGCUGGCGAAUGGGCUGACCAAUCAUGAGCAUCAGAGGCAGACACACAGACGGAGGGAGCCUUUUGUUGUGCGCUGCACUCAUCAAGUUAGAAGACAACUACCGAUUUGGCCCGAAGAAAAUUAAAAGAUGGAGUCUUAUCCAAUCUGACUGGCCAGUGUGUGUUUAUCUGAGUGGGUGGCAGGAUUUCAGUGCCAUUCAUAACGUCAACUGGGACCCCGGCCGUUCUUCUAUUCCCAGCCUGGCCAACCCUCUCUCAGCCUCCUGACAGUUCCAGCUGGAGGUGCUGGUGGAGUAGGAGGUGGUGGUGGUGGUGUUGGUGGUGGUGGUGGUGGUGGGGGGCACCGCCAGGGCAGAGCAGGGGCACCGGAGAGGAGAAGAAGAAGAAGAGGAAGAAGAAGAAGAAGAAGAGGAGGAGGAGGAAGAGGAGGAGGAAGAGAGAGACAAAGUGGAUCAGUUCAACAGCAGCAGACUGAACGCUGGAAAUGCCCGUCAGGUCCGAGUCUGUCACAUCCUCAGCCAAUCAGAGCCUUCGUUAAAGGCGGCGUCGGCACGUGAUUGGGAGAAGGAUGGCAACCAUGCCGUUUGUCAGCGAGGGGAAGUGUGUGAGUGUGGAGUGGGAUUUCCUACAAGGACUACUGGCCAAGCCUCCCACCCUGCCCUGUCUCCAGAACCUGCGUAAAGAGAAGUCUCGCAAUGCGGCUCGUUCACGGCGGGGGAAGGAGAAUUUCGAGUUCUUCGAGCUGGCUAAGAUGCUGCCUCUUCCCGGGGCCAUCACCAGCCAGCUGGACAAAGCCUCGGUCAUCCGGCUGACCAUCAGCUACCUGCACAUGCGCACCUUUGCCAGCCAGGGGGACCCGCCCUGGAGCCCUCUGCUGGAGGGCGACAGCAACUGCAGUAAAGUAAGACGAUCAUCUCAUUCUCUGGCUACUGACAUGUUUGAGCAGCACCUAGGGGCGCACCUACUGCAGUCUCUGGAUGGCUUUGUGUUUGUGGUCAGCCAGGAGGGACGGUUCCUCUACAUCUCAGAGACAGUUUCUAUCUACCUGGGACUCUCACAGGUGGAGCUGACCGGCAGCAGUGUGUUCGACUACAUCCACCCAGCGGACCACGUCGAGAUGGCGGAGCGGCUGGGAAUCAGGCCGCAUCUUAGGGCCGAGGCCGGCUGCCACACGGCCCCUGAGAGCGCUUCCAGCUCCGCAUCCACCUCCUCCCUGGCUGGUACCCCUGAGCCCGCUCCGUCUAGUCCUCACUCUCCUGCUGACGAGCCUCCUGAUCGCGGUUUCUUCAUCCGCAUGAAGUCCACGCUCACCAAAAGAGGCCUGCAUGUCAAGUCCUCUGGAUACAAGGUGAUCCACGUGACAGGACGAAUCCGCUGCCGCCCCGCGCUGGUGCCGGGCUCCACGCGUUCAAUGCGUCGACCGAUGGGUCUGGUGGCACUGGCGCACACACUUCCGCCCUCCACGCUUAAUGAAGUCCGCAUGGAGAGCCACAUGUUUGUCUUCCGAGUGAACAUGGACCUACAGGUCACAUAUUGUGAGAACAGGAUCUCAGAGUACAUGGAUCUGACCCCAGCAGAGGUGGUAGGUCACACCUGCUACCACUUCAUCCAUGUAGAGGACCUGGAAAACCUUCGGCAAAGCCAUGAAGACUUGCUGAGGAAAGGCCAGGUAGUGACGGGUUACUAUCGCUGGCUCCAGAGGAGAGGAGGCUACCUGUGGAUCCAGUCCACUGCCACUGUCUCCAUCAACCACAAAGCCCCCCACGAACGCAACGUCAUCUGGGUCAACUAUGUCCUGAGUCGAACAGAGUUGCCCGACACUCCCCUGGAUCUACUGCAGCUACCAGAGAGCGUAAGAGCAGAGAGACUUCGGGUUAGCUCCUCUCCCACCGACAGCUCCCCCCAGGCCAGAGGCUCGCAGCCAGUGAAGGGCUCAUUGGGGAAGAGUGACCAUGACACUAAAGGUAGAGAGAAAUUCUCUGCCGCUGCCAUCCAAUCAGAGGAAAGGAGGAAGCGCCUGCUGAGGUCCGACCCUGAGGGAGCUCCUCCCGAAACCCGUCGCAGACUGGAGGAGCUCCGUCACACCGAGGAGAGCGUAUCAGCCUCCUCAGACCUGGCGAGCGAAAGUGAUGGGGAGGAGGAGGAAGAAACAGAGUGGGACCAGGGGGGAGACAGUGACAGACUGAAACAAGAAGACGGUGGGGGAGGAGGUAAACAGAGUAGGGGGGGAGACACCCCAACUAGAGGGGAGAGAGGAGGGAGGGCGCACAACGGCCGGGCUGUGAUCCAGCAGCUGAAGAGUGUAGUGACCCCCUCUCCCCUGUCUGGCAGCCCCAGCAUCAAGACUGAACAUGACUCCCUGACCACCGGGGGGCGCUGGGGGUCACACACACAAACCUCCACCUCGCACACCACCCAGCCCCAACCCUCACAUGCACACACACCCUCCAGCAGUCUCAACGGCGACAGCCCCACCACCCCGAUCCCCGACUCUUCCUCCAGCAGUGAAGCCCCUCCAAAAGGUUUGUUCACUCCCCCGUCCCCUGCUUUGUCCCCCGCCAUGUCCGUGUCCUCCCCGCUGCCCCGCGAGGAGAGGGUUGUGUCAGGGGUGGUCAGUCGGGGCAGCGGUGGUGGAGGUGGUGCUCCUGACUUUGAGCUGCUCCAGAGACUGGCUGCAGGCGGUGCUGCGGGGCGGGUCCUCUUCCACCCCCUUGCCCUUGGCCCACAGGGCCCGCAGAGCCUCUACGCCCCCAGCACUAUCCGCUACGCUCCACCUGAGCUGCCUCCCUCCCACCACCACAGCGCAGGACACAGCGAUGGCCUGCAGCUACGCUCGGACCACCACAAGGGACCCCCGCCUGCCUUCUUUCCCCACCUACAGCGGCUGGCCGGCCUGCCACCCUUCAGUGGUUUCUCCCCGUCUGACAGCCCUUUCUCCUCCGGCCUGCCCUUCUGUAUGAAUGGACUGAGGGGGGCUGCAGGCUCCGAGGAGGACUGAGAGUCAAAAGGGAGGGGGUGAGAGGAGAAGAUAAAAAUGAAGGAUGGAGCGGGGUGACAGGACAGAAAGAAAGACAUUGAAAAGGGCAGGACAGACAGAAGUGGCAGGACAUUAAGCCUCUAAGGACGUUACUAAUUGGACAAUGAGUUGAAUAACUGAGAUCUAAAGUAUGUGACAAGUCGCUGCCAUAGGGAAUUAUUGUGUCUGCCUAUUGUGGACAAGUGACAGUGAUUCUCAAAGAAAAUGGGACAUGGAAACUUUUGACUGGUUGUCCCUCAAGACUUUCCUUCUCUACAACAAUAAUGAACUCUGCUCUGUGUCUUUCUCUAGAUGACUGUGUUGAUUUCUGUGUCUCUUCCACUCAGAGAAGCCAUAUUGUAUAUAGAGACAAAACCAUAAAGACCCUCAGCUCACACCCUCCUCACUGUCACCCCAAUUAACCCAAUUAACCCUAAAGACAGUAGAAAGAGAUGGACACAUGUCUGUAGGAAUGAGAGUGACUUUGGAAAUAAAUUUUUAUUAUUGCAGUAUUAUACAAAUCAUCUCUUACACUGAGAUCCAGGUGAGAAUUUGAUUAUAGGGUUUCCCGUGAAAUAGAUGGAGCCAGCCCUCUGGUGUUUUUGUAUUGAGAUUCAAAAUGAUGAUAAUAAUAAUAAUAAUAAUAAUGAUAAUAAUAAUAAAUCCAAGUAUUCAUCAGUCAGCCAUACUUAAAGCACACUGUUGGGACAAAAAUAUGAAUAAUCCCAGACAUUCCAUUAUAUAUAAGGGAAGAAAAUGCAAUGCAGACUGGAUGUUAUUUCUGUUGUUUGAUUAUAGGAAGUUCAUUUGUUUAACUGAGUAUUAAUUAUAGUAUAUUCUGUAUGAUGCUGCGAUUGUGUUUGUGUAUGAAAGCCAUAUUCUUGUUUUUUUAAUUUUUUUAAGGUUUUUAUUGAUUUUUGAACCAGAUAAAACAGAUGGGAAAAUCGUGUGAAAAAAUGUGUCUAGACAGACAAAAUAACAUUGUUUUAUUGGAUGCACAAUAUCAUCCAAAUACUUUUUUUUUAUUAUUCUCUAAAAAAAAUAUUUCUGAAAAUGUUUUUAGGAGGGGAAAUGGUGUUGGACAGACGUGUUUUAUUAUCAUUUAAACCUCUGUGUUUUUCGGAGCACUUACUGGAAUUUGUUCUGGUGUGAACUCAAAGCACUUCAUCACUUAACACUCGCUGUGUGAUCCUGUUAAAACAGAAAACAAUGCAAGAGUGGUCGCUAAUACCACAGCCUGACCACAGUGUAGUAGAGGGGAUAAAUGCUCAUUUAAAAAGGCAGGUAAAAUAAACAGACUACAUGUGGUCAUUAAAAGAUGACCAUUAAAGGUCAAUAAAAAACAACCUGAAUUACUCUGAUACUGGUUUCAGUUCAAUUCAGUCAAAUGGAGAUAAAGUUUUAAAUGAAAAAGUGGAAAUAUGAAACACUUGAAAUUUCAGUUUCACACUGUUUGAUUGGACUUCCUCUCAGGACGGUAAAAACAAAACACUUUUUUUAAAUUAGUGCUCAAAAUAUUUAAUCUCCCAUUUGAUCUGAAGUGAGUCACAAACAAUUUGGUGAUAUACUCAAACAAUUUUCAUUACAAAAUGUAAUAUUUAACAUUUAAAACAUUGACCCUUUUUGCCAAAUGCAGACAAAAGUAUUAAAAAAAAUGUGAGGAUUCACAUUUUUAACAAUAGUAAUAAAUGAAUUAAACAACACAUAAUUCUCUAGCACUUUUUGAAUAAAUUCCUUCAAACUGAAAUGUAUAAAACCUGAAGAAAAACAAGUCUUCAGAAUGUGAAUAAGAAUUCUCCCGUAUUUAGAGUCAUGGUUCAGUGUCUGAUCUGAGGGCUCGGUUUAUGUGGAGAUCUCAGAUGUUCUGAUGUCAGACGGGAAAAAAAAGAAGAGACAUUUCUAAUUGUUCCGAUCCGAUGUGCACUACACACCCAUACUGUAGCUGUCACAUACAUAUAUGUGUGAGCGCACAUGUUCUCGGGUGUUUAAUGGUAUAAUUUGUGCGUAUGAAUGCGUGUGUGCGGUUGCUUGUACAAGUGUGUAUGUUUUUGUUUUUUGUUUUUAAUUAAAUAGCUAACCCCUUGCCCAUCACUGUGAAUCUAAUGUUAUCCUGCCAUCUUUGUGAAUACUCCACCCACUCAUCAAAUAAAAUGAACAAAUGUAAAAAGAAAAACAGUGAUACAGAUGAUGAUAACAAUAAAAUAUUCCAGUAGAGGAGCACAACUGAAGACGUUGUUUCUUUCUUGCUUCUGUGCAACACAUAAUUUCAACAAUAAAGACCUAUGAAAUUG